UUAAAGCGACCCUCGUAUCAUUUGUGAAACGACUAGUAUACGACUAUGUACGACUAGAAUAACUGCUGAUCAAAGAUAUUUUCGUGAUGAGACAGUGGGCGGCUUUCUUAAUUCUUCCGUGCUUAGUGCUAACAUCACUCUUGCCCGGGACUGAAAGUGAAGAUGAGCAAUUCAAUCUCGACCCUAGAUACUUAAUCCCGUUCAGUCACCUUUUUUACUCACCGCUGAGCAGCGCGAUUGCACUCCGCUUCAUCAAUGACAUCAUGCACUCCGAAUCUCCCAAAUUGUGUGACAUGAUCGGCUACAAUAACAACACGAACUACAACGAAUCAUCCGGUAUUUACGACAUCGUUUGCCUGAAAAACGGCACGAUCGAACCCGUUGCGUUCAUCGGGAUACAACCGGCAAGGUUCGAGUCAACGGCUCGGGAACUGACCCAAUUCGAGGUGGCGAGAGAAUACUCUCGGCAAUUACACGGAAUGGAUUGGAAGCAACGCGUCCGCCAUUAUGAAAAUUUAAUCCCGGUUUUAUCGAUAAUCGUGUCACAGUUCGAGGCGGGUCGAAUGGACCGAGUUUUGAAACAUUCGAAGAUGCUGGAUACGUGGAGUCAUGAAAACUUAUACGCGGAUUUCAUGAUCACGUCGUUGUACCUUGAUAAGUGUCGUGAACGCGUGAGAAGGGAUGAUAUCAUCAGGAAUGACUUGGACAAGUGGUGUCACUUUUUUUUGUUCGGUGGUUCGUACCUAGUUGGUGAGAUUCCCACCUGGACUAAAGACGAUCAAGUCAUGCGGUUGGCGUUUUGGAUGCUGAACCCACGGCAAUACAGUGAGCAUGAGUUGAAAGUGCAAGCGAAGAGCAUUGACGCGGCCGAGAAAGACUACGCUGCGUAUAAAGAGGCGGUCAAACAGGGGAGGUGGAAAGUUGGAAAGUUGAAGUGAUGAUAGGGCACUAGCGUUUUCCGAUUGAACAUUUAGGAGAAGCAAAAUUGGACGUAUUUCUGUCAAACGAAACGAAGCGGCAAUUUCAGUUCCUUUUUAGGAAUUGGACGUGUUUCUAUCAAACGGAACUAUGUGCAUUAGGACAUGAGCCCUGAGACCCAAAAGAAUAUGUGCAUAGUUCCGU